AUGCAGAAGCUAUCGGGGCUUAGGAGCCUCGAGGGGUUCCGAUCCCUCGCUGGAUCCGCCUCGACGGCCAUGAAGGCCGCAAACCCCAGGCCCUCCCCGGAUACUAGGGGUACUUCGUACGGGAGCUUCGCCAAUCUUAAGAUCACAGCAGAGAAACUGGUCAAGGAGCAGGCUUCAGUGAAGACUGAUCUAGAAAUGGCGCAUGUCAAAUUGAGAAGAGCAACAGAACAGAUAAACCUUUUAGAGGGAAAACUUCAACAAGCUGUGAAUGAAAAUGCAAAGCUUAAGGUGAAGCAGACUGAAGAUUCGAAGCUCUGGCAGGGAUUAGAUUCGAAACUCUCCUCAACAAAGACCUUGUGUGAUCAACUGACUGAAACACUGCAGCAGCUAGCUAGUCAGACAGAACAAGCUGAGGAAGAUAAGAAGUUUUUUGAGGAGAUGCUUGGGAAGAAUUCCAAAGAUCUGGAUGCAUUCAACUGCCUGUUGCGUGAUUUAUCAACAAAACUGGAGGAUGCAGAACAAAAGAUAAUUUCAGGGCGACAGGAGAUGUUGCAGAUCAAACAAGAGAAAGAAGAGAUGGAUCAAAGUUACAAGGAACGACUGCAUUCAAAUGAUACUACGAUAAAGGAAAAAGAUUCCCUCAUCAAGCAGUUGGAGGGUUCAGUUGAGGAAAAUAAAUCCCGCUUGAUAUGUCUUGACUCCCGCUUGCAAUGCAUGGAGCAAGAGCUGAAACUAAAAGAUGAUGUUUGUAUCAGCCUGAAAGGAAACCUAGCAAGCAGUGAAAGUGAAAAGAACAGCUUGGAGCUUAUGAAUAAGGGACACAUUCUGGAAAUUGAAAAACUAUGCCAGGACAAUAAGGAUCUUAAGGAAUUGCUUAGCAGCUUCAUGGUUAAAGUAACUGAGCUAGAUAAAGAGCAUGCCUCUGUGUCAAGUCAUGUGUCUAGGCUGAUUUCUUCAUUUGAAAGGUUCUAUGAAAUGGCCCAAGAGGAGAAAAUGCUAAUGACAAGAUCUUCUAAGGAUAAAUUUGAACAUCUCCAAAGCCAGUAUGUAGAUUUGACGUCAGAAAACAAUGCUCUGAAAACUGAAAUUGAAGAACUGAAGUCCAGACUCAUAGAGUUGCAGAGAACUCAAGAAAUUGUUAUGGUUCAACAUGUUGAGGAAUGCCAAGUGGCUGAAGAUAAGAUCAGAAGAUUAGAGUCUGAAGCUGAAGUUUCUGCCUCCAACAUCAAUCAGUUAGAAAAAUUAGCUUCUGAACUACAAGGGAGAAUUCAAAAGUUGCUAGAAGAUUCUACCCUUGCUGAAAAUCACAAGCAAGAGUUGCUUCAAAAGAUUUUGAAGCUAGAAUCAGAUAAUCAGGAGCUUCUAGGCCAAGUGCAAUCCAUUAUGGAAGAGAAAUCUAAUAAUGCUGAAUCUCUGCAAGGAGAGAUAACUAAGCGUGACCAACAGGUUAAUACACUUGAGAAUCAGAUCAACCAGCUUCGCAGUGUUCUGGAUGAGAAGGAGCAACUCUAUCGUUGUUCUGUAGAAAGAGAGAAGAUUUUGGAGGACCAGAAAUUACAGGUCGAAGCAUCACUUUCUGCAACAGAGUGCCAACUUAGUGAGGCAAAAAAACAGUAUGAUCUCAUGCUUGAAGGUGAAAAGAUAGAGCUAUCCAAGCAUUUGGAAGAGCUAUCUCUCAAAAAUGACCUGGCGAUCAAUGAAAUCCGUAAGAAAUAUGAACUUGAAAAGACAGAAAUUACUAAUGCCGAAAAAGAAAAGGCAGAAAAGCUCAUAAGGGAAAUUGAAAACAAAUGCAACGAAAAGAUAUCACAGAACAAGCAUGAUUCUGAGAGGUAUUUGAUUUGCCUUAAGGAGGAACAUGGCACAAUGGUGGCGAGAAUUCAGCAGGAUAAUGAGCAUAAAGAGUCAAUUCUCCAGGCUCAUCACAAAGAAGAACUGCAGCGCAUUCAGUCUCAGGCUGAGAAUGAAUUGAGGGAGAGGCUGUCAUUGCUCAGAAAAGAGCAUGAACUUCAAAUAAAAUCACUAAGGAUGCAUCAUGAUGAAGAAUGCCAGAGGAUGCAGGAGGAACUGGAGCUUCAGAAGUCCAAGGAGGAGAAGCAAAGAGCAUUAUUACAAUUACAGUGGAAAGUAAUGGGAGAAAGUCAACAAGUUGAUCAAGAAGUGAACUCUAAGAAGGAAUACUCUGUUUCGUCGAUUAAGAGGAGAGAUCCAUAUGGAAGAAAAGAACAUGAGGUCCAGUUGGCAAGUCCGGAGACCAAACGGAAGGAUGUAAACUUACCUGGGAUUUUAGAAUCACCAAUUUCAAACAUGUUGAGAAAGGUAGACAAAGUGUCUCAGGACAUUCCUAAACAUAGAAAGGUAACACACCAUGAAUAUGAAGUUGAGACAGCAAAUGGAAGAAUCACAAAGCGCAGGAAAACUAGGAGCACUGUCAUGUUUGGUGAACCGAACACUCAGAAGUCUUUGCAUAAUACUGCUGACAAAGAUGUUACAAAAAUAAAAAAGGUUCCCACAGGAUCCCGUGCACAUCCUGCAAACCUUGGUGAAUUAUUCUCUGAGGGUUCCUUGAAUCCAUAUGCUGACGACCCUUAUGCUUUUGGCUAG